AUGUUCAAAUACCAACUCGUCGUGCUUGCUGCCGUUGUUUUCCUGGGCACCUCGCAUUCAGCACCAUCAGAUUCCGCGGAUGCGCACGCCGAGAUUCGCAGCUAUGUGAAUGAAAUCAAGCAGGAUGAUAAUAGCUACAAGUACCAGUUCGAGACAAGCAAUGGCAUUGCACAGCAGGAGCAGGGAGUGGGCGGUUACUAUGCAAGCGGCUCAUCGCAGUAUUACACGCCGGAAGGCCAGCUCAUUCAAUUGACAUACACGGCCGAUGAGAACGGAUUCCAACCGCAGGGUGAGCAUCUGCCAACACCACAUCCAAUUCCUGAGGCGAUUCUCAAGUCAUUGGAAUGGAACCAAGCCCAUCCCGAGGAAGAGGUCGAGGAGCAUCAUCAUGGACAUGGUGGCGGCGGCCACUCCUUUGGCGACCAGGGCCAUCAAUUCCCAGCAUCGGGUCUUCCCUACGAGAAGAAAUUUUAA